AUGAGCAAUUGAUGGUCUGUUCCACAGUCGUUCCCUGGCCUUGUUCUGACUGAUGAUAUUGAGCUUUUCCAUCAUCUCUUUCCACAGAUGUAGUCAAUUUGAUUUCUGUGUGUUCCAUCUGAUGAGGUCCAUAUGUAUAGUUGCCAUUUAUGUUGGUGAAAGAAGGUAUUUGCAAUGAAGAAGUCGCUGGUCUUGCAAAAUUCUAUCAUUCGAUCUCCAGCAUUGUUUCUAUCACCAAGGCCAUAUUUUCCAACUGCUGAUCCUUCUUCUUUGUUUCCAACUUUUGCAUUCCAAUCGCCAGUAAUUAUCAAUGCGUCUUGACUGCAUGUUCAAUCAAUUUCAGACUGUAGCAGCUGAUAAAAAUCUUCUAUUUCUUCAUCUUUGGCCCUAGUAGUUGGUGCGUAAAUUUGAAUAAUAGUCGUAUUAACUGGUCUUCUUUGUGGGCGUACGGAUAUUAUCCUAUCACUGACAGCGUUGUACUUCAGGAUGGAUCUUGAAACGUUUUUUUUGAUGAUGAAUGCAACACCAUUCCUCUUUGAGUUGUCGUUCCCAGCAUAGUAGACUAUAUGAAUGUACAAGUCAAAAUGGCCAAUACUAGUCCAUUUUAACUCACUAAUGCCUAGAAUAUCGAUGUUUAUGCAUUCCAUUUCAUUUUUUGACGAUUUUCAAUUUUCCUAGAUUCAUACUUUGUACAUUCCAGGUUCCGAUUAUUAAUGGAUGUUUGCAGCUGUUUCUUCCCAUUUUGAGUCAUGCCACAUCAGGAGAUGAAGGUCCUGAAAGCUUUACUCCAUCCACGUCAUUAAGGUCGGCUCUACUUUGUGGAGGCAGCUCUUCUUCACUCAUCUUUUGAGUGCCUGCCAACCUGGGGGGCUCAUCUUCCAGCACUAUAUCAGACAGUGUUCUGCUGCUAUUCAUAAUCUGGACUAUAUUAAGAAGAACGGGGCAUGAGGAUCGGGGGAAGACUCAUUAACAACCUGCGUUAUGCAGAUGAGACAACCUGGUUUGCUGAAAGUGAAGAGGACGUGAAGCACUAAUAAAGAUCAAAGACCACAGCCUUCGUUAUGGAUUACACCUCAACAUAAAGAAAAUAAAAAUCCUCACAACUGGACCAACGAGCAACAUUAUGUUAAAUGGAGAAAAGAUUGAAGUUGUCAAGGAUUUCAUUUUGCUUGAAUCCACUAUCAACAGCCGUGGAAGCAGCAGUCAGGAAAUCAAAAGACGCGUUACAUUGGGCAAAUCUGCUACAAAGGACCUCUUCAAAGUGUUGAAGAGCAAAGAUGUCACCCUGAAGACUAAGGUGUGCCUGACCCAUACCAUGGUAUUUUCAAUCACAUCAUAUGUAUGUGAAAGCUGGACAGUGAAUAAGGAAGACUGAAGAAGAGUUGACGCCUUUGAAUUGUGGUGUUGGUGAGGAAUAUUAAAUAUACCAUGGACUGCCAAAGGAACGAAUGAAUCUGUCUUUGGAGAAGUGUGACCAGAAUGCUCCUUAGAUGCAAGGAUGGCGAGACUGCAUCUUACAUACCUUGGACAUGUUGUCAGGAAGUAUCAGUCCCUGGAGAAGGACAUCAUGCUUGGCAGAAUACAGGGUCAGCGGAACAGAGGAAGACCCUCAACGAGGUGGAUUGACAGAGUGGCUGCAACAAUGAACUCAAGCAUAACGAUUUGCAGAUGUAAUGGAUAGGUGACAGAGAGGACAGCUUCACCUCUUGUCAGGGAGCCAGAAUGACUGAGUGCUUCCUGCCGCCCACCAGCAGCCCCAGUGAACACCGCAGAGGGGAACACGGCAGUGGUCUUACUCGAACCCCCAGCUCUGAAGAGAUCAGCCCCACUAAGUUUCCGGGAUUGUACCGGACGGGUGAGCCCUCGCCUCCCCACGACAGCCUCCAUGAACCUGCUGAUGUUGUGUCUGAUGAUGAGAAAGACCAUGGGAAGAAAAAAGGAAAAUUUAAGAAAAAGGAAAAAAGGACUGAAGGCUAUGCUGCCUUUCAGGAAGAUAGCUCUGGAGAUGAAGCUGAAAGUCCUUCCAAAAUGAAGAGGUCCAAGGGAAUCCAUGUUUUUAAGAAGCCCAGCUUUUCUAAAAAGAAGGAGAAGGAUUUUAAAAUAAAAGAGAAACCCAAAGAAGAAAAACAUAAAGAAGAAAAACACAAAGAAGAAAAACAUAAAGAGAAGAAGUCAAAAGACUUGACAGCAGCCGAUGUUGUUAAACAGUGGAAGGAAAAGAAGAAGAAGAAGAAACCAGUGCCGGAGCCAGAGGUGCCUCAAGUUGACGUUCCAAGUCUCAGGCCCGUCUUUGGGAUUCCUUUGGCUGACGCGGCGGAGCGGACCAUGGUGUGUGAUGGCAUCCGCCUGCCGGCCGUGUUCCGGGAGUGUUUGGAUUACGUGGAAAAGCACGGCAUGAAGAGUGAAGGAAUCUACAGAGUUUCAGGAAUUAAAUCAAAGGUGGAUGAGCUAAAAGCAGCCUAUGACCGAGAAGAGUCUCCAAACUUGGACGAAUAUGAGCCUAACACUGUAGCUAGUUUGCUGAAGCAGUACUUACGAGACCUUCCAGAGAAUUUGCUUACCAAAGAGCUGAUGCCCCGAUUCGAAGAGGCUUGUGGGAGGGGCACUGAGAGCGAGAAAGUGCAGGAAUUCCAGCGUUUACUGAAGGAACUGCCGGAAUGUAACUAUCUUCUCAUUUCCUGGCUGAUUGUACACAUGGACCAUGUUAUCUCCAAGGAGCUGGAAACAAAGAUGAACAUACAGAACAUUUCUAUAGUGCUCAGCCCUACGGUUCAGAUUAGCAAUCGCGUCUUGUAUGUGUUUUUCACGCAUGUGCAAGAGCUCUUUGGAAAUGUGGUACUAAAACAAGUGACAAAGCCUCUCCGGUGGUCUAACAUGGCCACUAUGCCUACCCUGCCGGACACCCAGGAGAGCAUCAAGGAGGAGAUCAGAAGACAGGAGUUUCUUUUGAAUUGUUUACAUCGAGAUUUGCAGGGUGGGAUAAAGGAUUUAUCUAAAGAAGAAAGAUUAUGGGAAGUACAAAGAAUUUUGACAGCCCUCAAAAGAAAACUGAGAGAAGCUAAAAGACAAGAAUGUGAAACCAAGAUUGCACAAGAGAUAGCUAGUCUUUCAAAAGAGGAUGUUUCCAAAGAAGAAAUGAAUGAAAAUGAAGAAGUUAUAAAUAUUCUCCUUGCCCAGGAGAAUGAGAUCUUGACUGAACAGGAGGAACUUCUAGCCAUGGAGCAGUUUCUGCGCCGGCAGAUCGCCUCAGAGAAAGAAGAAAUAGAACGCCUCAGAGCUGAGAUUGCUGAAAUUCAGAGUCGUCAGCAACAUGGUCGAAGUGAAACUGAGGAGUAUUCCUCUGACAGUGAGAGUGAGAGUGAAGAUGAAGAAGAGCUGCAGAUCAUUCUGGAGGAUUUACAGAGACAGAAUGAGGAGCUGGAAAUAAAGAACAAUCACUUGAAUCAAGCAAUCCACGUAGAGCGAGAGGCCAUCAUUGAGCUGCGAGUGCAGCUCCGGCUGCUGCAGCUGCAGCGGGCUCAGUCUGAGCAGCAGGUGCAGGACGAAGAGGAGCCUGAGAGGCGUGGGGGUGGAGCUCAGCCGCCAAGAGACAGUGUUCUCGAGACAAAGGCAACAAAAGAGCAGCCAAAGGCCGUCAAGGAGCAAGGAAAGCCGUCACCGAGCAAAGACAGGAAGGAAACACCCAUUUGAGCAGCCUCGUGGGCCAGUCACAGCAUCCUUGUGGACUUUAAAGACCUGUGCAUCUUACUGUAACACUGAGACUCAGCGCACAACUGUGCUGUGCUGUGCUGUGCAUUCUGUAACCACGUCCUUUCUCCUCAGAGAUGCUUUUUUCUCUCACCUCUUUGACUUCUGCCCCACCAGGCUCAGGUUACAGGACAAAGCAGCGGAAGCAUUUUUGGACUCGUAGGGGACAGAUGAGUUUUCCAGAUAGUAUCAGCUUAUUUGAAGAUUAAUUUUCUUUGUUUAACUUAAAAUAACUAUUUUAAUCCUUGAGUGGCUUCUUUUUAAACCAAAAAUCGUCUUUCUUUGCUUUUUUUAAUCACAGCAGAAUCAGGAUCUCUUUCUCUCAUUCAAGGGGGAAAAAACAAAACAAGUUAAAUACUAUACCUGCCUCGUGGCUUGGUCCAUUGUCUCACUGUCAGGAUUUCUGCUUACUUAUCACUCUUGCUUGUGCCUUUUACACCUUUUUGGUGCAGAUUAUAUAAUGGGGAGCUGCCUCGUGUUUUCUGACUGGCCACAAUGGCUCUUACUGGGUGUCUCCUUUACCCCCCUGCCCCUUGUAAUUCUCUUACUUUACACUUCCAGGCCACAGUAAGUAAGCCCCCAUCACCAAACAGCUGGGUUUGGUUGCAGACAGAGCUGGCUGCCCAUGGAAUGUGCCUGGCCAGGCCUGUGACAGCACGGGCCAGCAGCUCCCAGGAGCAGCAGCCCACCUCCCUCCUGUUACUCACUGAGUUGGUCGAAGGCAGCAGCCUUGGCCUAAUCCAUCCACACAAAGGAUCUGUUUUCGGACCAGAAACCUUUUACAUGACUGACCUUUCAUUAAAAACAGAAUGACUUAUAUUGCUUGCUUGGGCUAGAAUGUAAAUGUCUUUGCCUGAAUAAGCCAUAUAUAUGCUCUUAAACAAACGUUUUGAAUUAUUCACACCACUUCAGUGAGCCUACUGAUGGACUGCCAGUUGACACGACUGAGCAAUAGAAAAAACAUACUUUUCCUUUUAAUGAUAGCUAGGAUUCCCACCUCCCCGUUUCCUUGCUCCAGAUAACUCCUAUAGAUGAUCUGAGGCUUCUGUGAGGCCGGGUUUUUAAGGCAACUUUGUCUCAUUUGCACUCUCAGAAUAAAUGGCAUUCAUGAGAUGGGUCCAGAUCUCAUGUUAAUGAAAACCAGCCCCACACACUCAAGGUGAUGAGAACAACUCCACAGAGUGCUCUGUCCUUUCCUCCUCCUGGUUAGUAUUUAUUUUCAGCACCUGUUCGAUGUGGUUUUCUAUCCUCUACCUAUUGCACUGUUACGACUUGUCGGCCAUUAUUUGAUUUUUGUAUGAAAAAAAGCUUUGUUAUAGAAAUCAGCAUACUAUUUUUUUAAAUCUGGAGAGAAGAUAUUAUGGUGACUGAGAAUAUGGUCAGGCGUCAGACAUACCUGUAUAAAGGCCUUGCUGUCCUGUCUCAUACUGCGUCCAUUUUAUACUGGCUGGCAGUAUUCAAGGUUUCUUUCUUUCUUUGUGUAAACUCUAAUUUCUAUCAAGGUGUCAUCGAUUUUUAAAAUUAGUAUUUCAUUACAAAUGUCUCAACGUUGGUUAAUUUUUGCCAGGACCAUUAUUGAUUAAGCAAAUAAAUUCAACAGCCAUUUGGGGGAAAAAAAA